AUGGCUGCCAUAGUGGACGAAUAUCUCGACAGUCCCAUGGACAAUGACGAUGUAUUCCCUUGCAAGGGCUGCGGAGAGAUACUUGAAGAAGGCAAAGCAUUCGAGUUAGCUGGAAACCGAUGGCAUCUGGAUUGCUUCCGCUGUAAUACCUGUGGCACUUUGCUGGACUCGGACGCCAACCUACUACUGCUAGGCGAUGGUUCACUCAUCUGCAACAACUGUACCUACAGUUGUAGCGCCUGCGGUAACAAGAUUGAGGAUCUUGCUAUCUUAACGGGAGACCAGGCAUUUUGCGCCACAUGCUUUCGAUGCCGCAACUGCAAGCGGAAGAUUGAAAACCUAAGAUAUGCAAGGACUUCACAAGGCAUAUUCUGCAUGGGAUGCCAUGAAACUCUCAUGGCCAGACGGAGGAAGAAAACCAAAGCGGCAUCCGCAGCGAAAUCCCGAGACAAGGAAAACUCUCCCAUGAUAACCGAAAAGUCACUUCCCGCUCUUCCACCAAAUGCCAUCCCUCCAAAUGCCUUUUCCAACGACCGAGUCGAUCCCGAUUCCGAUACUCCUACUGAACUGUCGCCGCGCCCUCGUGCUACACAUCGACACAACGAAUCGUCUUCGCGUGGCAGCUCAAGACCAGCCCGUUCUCCCGAACGAUCUGAUUCCGCUAGUAAAACCGAAGGGCUAAGCCUCCCGGCUACUACAUACAAGAAGAAUCGCAACUCAACAAUAUAUCAAAGCCCAGACUCCGGAUCUGGUGAGGGACCUGAAAGCUUCUUUAUUCCUGUAGCUCUGGAUCCCAGCCCUGCUCCCAGCAGUACACCAAGAUCCACGUCGGACAACACGACUGAUGCCACCAGACGGAAAGACAGAGACUACUUUAGUGGCUCUAAAGGACCAGGAUCCGAUAAGAAAGACGACUCGCAGUCAUCUACCCCUCACAUCGCAUUCCAAGACAAGGGUCGACAGCCUUCUUCAGAUCUCGAUGUGGCUCGUCUCAAGUCCGGCAAGUUUACCAGGUCUCCGGAACAGGAUCAACGGAAAGCCUCGGUAUCCGGCGACGAGUUUAAGCUUCAGGACGCUCCAGCAACGAAGAAAGGUUUGUCGACUCGCAGCAACAGCUCGCAUUCUUCAGUUCCCCAGGACAACGCUUCUGGAAGAGCCUCCAACGGUGUUGUGAGAAAGGAACGGCAUUCAAACUUGUCUGAGGCCCGGAAGGCGAAUGAAUCUCGUACAUCCGAGGAUACCGAUGGCACGAGAGGCGGUGGUCGUUCAGAGGCCAAUAAGGCUAUCACACGAAAGGAAGUGCCCACGUCAGCGGGUCGAAGUGCAAAUGGACAACCUGGUUCUCGGUCUGCUCAGUCCGAGCAGAACAACUUGAGCGACUCUUAUACACAACCUCGAGCGGCACCUCCACCACCGCCCACUGGUCCAGUUCAUACGCCCAAAAAGGGGUCAACGAACGCCAAGGAUGCUGGUGAACCAAAGGUCUCUCCAAAGCUGCCACGGUGGAGUAGCGGAGGGGACUUCAGUAUGGACGAAGAUAUGGCUAGAAUCCUAGGUACCGAUGAAGGUUCUUCGUCUAUUCUGCGACGAGUCUCCAACGUAGUACGCCAUGGUCGUACUGGCAGCGUGGAAUCCAGCCACCCUAAUCCCGCGAGAAUCAGUCAUACCCGAAGUAUCAGCGAAACAACGAGAGCUACUGCAUCGCCUAGAUGGCCUAAGUCCCCUAUUGGUGAUGAGCAUCCCGGCAUGUCGCACGAUAUCAGCAGCCCUGUGUCUCUAGCCUCUCCGGAAGAUGCUGCCAUACUGAAACGACAGCUUAGAAAUUCGGAACAGCGUGUGGCUGAGCUUGAGAGACAGUUCAACACCGAGAAGGAUCUCAAGACUCUCAACAAGAAGCUGGUCGAGAAACGAAAGACUGUAUCUGUGCUUGACACGCAGACUGAGAUUAUGAUUCGUCAGCUGGAAGUGCUCGCCGGCUACGUCGAGCGCGCCAAAGAGACGAAGACGCCAGUCGACCCACAGGAGCUGGAGGAUUCGGCCAUCAAGGACUUUGUCAACAAGUUGGACGCCGUUAAAGAAGCCAUGUCAGAAGCAAUCGAGAAGCUUCAUGAAGAACGAGACCAGUUGGUCGAGGAGAAGAACCAGGCGAUGGCAGACAGAGACCGGGCUCUCAUGGAGUUUGAACAAUUAUCAUCCAAGAAUGCUCAGCUGGCAGACAUGAACAACGACCUGACACAUCAGAUCCAAGAACGGUUCAAGUCACAAAUUGGAGACCUCAAGUCACCGAAUGGACUGGGCAUCUAUGGGCCUGGCAAGUCUGGCGCUGGGUCGUCGAUCAAUCUGGAUGCUGCAAGCUUGCACACAGGAGCCACCUUGGUCGGUGACGAAGAGCCAAUUGUCGAGAGUGGUCCGACAGUCGUGCAAGUCAGAAAGGGCCAGGUCAAGAAAUUCAACUGGAAGAAGGGUUCGAAGACGAUGGCGCAGAAUGUCGCCAAAGGUGUGAACAGGGCUGUGGUUGCGUUCCAGCAAAAUGACCGCGAGAGAAUGCAACAUCAGGGACUGGCUGGAGACAACAUUGGGCUACCAUACAACAUGACAGUUGCCCAGGUAGAAGCUGCGGCACCCGGCGGGCUCAACGGUCAGAAUAGGCAACAGAUGGACCCUGGCAGGCAAGGAUUUGGGUUCUUUGGCAAGAAGAACGCCAUGCCUAAAUCUGUCUCGGCGAACGCCAUGAUGGCUGUGGCGGCGGCUGAGCCUGCGUCUACACUCUUUGGAUCUGAUCUAGUGGAGCGAACCGAGUACGAACGACGCCAGAUUCCUGCCGUGGUCACUCGUUGCAUUGAAGAAGUCGAGCUUCGCGGCAUGGACCAAGAAGGCAUCUACCGCAAGACUGGUGGUAAUUCCCAGGUCAAUAUGAUCAAGGACGGCUUCGACAAGAAUGAAAACUUUGACAUUUCAGACCCAGACUUGGACAUUACUGCUGUCACAAGCGUCUUGAAGCAAUAUUUCCGAAAACUGCCAGUUCCACUGCUGACCUUUGACGUUUAUGAACGAGUGUUGGAGUCUAAUGCAAUUGCCGACGAGGCAGAAAGAUGUAACCAUCUUAGAAAGACGUUUGCCUCAAUGCCUGAGAGACACGGCGACUGCUUGGAAUUCCUCAUGUUCCACCUUCACCGUGUUGCUCAACGUGAACCCGAGAAUCUGAUGUCGCCAAAGAACUUGGCUGUGGUGUUUGCGCCGACUAUUAUGCGAGACCUCAGCAUUGAGCGCGAGAUGACGGACAUGCACGCCAAGAACAUUGCGGUUCAAUUUGUUAUUGAGAACAUAAACAGAAUCUUUGACGACUCAUGA